AUGUCAUCCUUCGAGUCGUCUAUGGGUUGGCGGGAUGUCACAUCAAUCGUUUGGAUUGGAGUUGAUUUCAUUAUCGAUGAUUGUACCGAGAAGUGCGAUAUGAAACGGAGGUAUCCACUUAUAGGAUUGCGCAAUAAGGAUGAGACAAAAUACUUCUUGGACGUUGGACCGAAUAUCGAGAUUCCGGGAAUUUGUCAUGCGCAGUAUAGUUUCACAAGCAGUCCUCAGCUGAUGGUUUCGGGUUGA